ACGAAACUUUCUAAGCAAGAGAUUGAGAGAAAUCCUUUUUUUUUCUUUCUAGGAUUCUCAAAUCAACUAAGAAAAAUGGCUUUUUGGUCUGCUGAGAAUGCUACUAAAGCCUAUCUUAGUACAUUGAAAACGGAUCAAAGAACAAAAGAACCAAACGUGGCUGAGUUCAUAUCGGCUCUAGCCGCCGGAAAUAACGCAAGAAAGAUCGCUGUGGCUUGUGCCGGAGCAGCAAACGCUGAUAUACUCGUUGCCCUGAUCGCUGCCGCUAAUCAAACACGCGGUCAAGUGGUAUGUGUUUUACGUGGCAUCGAGGAACUGAUCAUAUCCAAGAAAAUGUUGGAACCAUCAGAGAUUCAUCAGAUACAUUUCGUAGUGGGAGAAUCUAGUGACAACACUCUAAUUAAUGAUCAUUUUGGGGAAGCUGAUUUCGUCCUCGUUGACUGUAACCUCGAGAACCACCAAGAAAUCGUUAGAAAGAUCGUUAAUCACCAUGAAGAAAACGCAAGAACCGGUGUGGCGGUUGUGGUUGGUUAUAACGCGUUUUCAAGAGGAUCUUGGAGGUUUAGCGAUGGGAGGAAAACGCAGUUUUUGCCUAUAGGUGAAGGGUUGCUUGUGACGAGGGUCAACGAUAAUGGUAAUUAUAAUCAGACAAAGAUGAUGAUGAACAAGAACAAUCACCAUCAUCAUCACCAAGACUAUGUAAGAAAGAGCCAUUGGGUGGUGAAAAUUGAUAAGUGUACAGGAGAGGAGCAUGUGUUUAGGGUUAGGGUUCCACGAGGAGAAGCCAUUAUUGAAGCUUAAUUUAAAGCUUACAUAUUAUUGGGUACGUACUUUAGAGCUCAAGUCACCUCUGUGAUGUUCAGACGCGUGAGAGUAGUAUGAAGAAUAGUUAUUUGUAUAAGUGAUUAAAAGGAGUUUUGAUUGGUGUUGGAAUGUUUUGUCUGUAUGAAGUUUUUAUUAUUUAAAGACUUAUUUUCUUGCAAGUGUGAAUAUGAAGACAUUUGUUUCUUGUAUGAUUUCUUUUUGGAAUUUGCUAUUGUCAGACUUGAGAUGCUUAAGCAA